AUGGCACCCAGCACGAGGUCCCAGCGGAGCAGGGGUCGGACCUCGUUCCCGUGGAUGGAGCUAGACUUCGACAUGCGGAGCGUCGUCAUCUCGAAGGUCGCCCCGGAUGAUCUCUUCAGCCUCAUCGUCGCCAUCACGUUCCCGGGAACGCUCCCGCCGGCAGGAAGCCCCUUCGCGGACUCAUUCCGCGACGAGGCGCACGCCCACAGGUUCCUGACCUCCGGGGCCUGCGAGGGAUCCGACAUCGUCGCCUCCGCCGGGUACUUCGACUUCGAGGCUCGGUGCGCCGCCCUGUGGGAGCGAUCGCCGGAGACGCUGACCGCAUCCUUCCACCGAGAAUCCACGGCCGGCUACGCGAGGAAGCCCAGCAGGGACGUGAUGCGGCUGGCGGAGCUCGGGUCGUUCAAGCGGCGGUGCGCGUUGCUGCCCUCCCACAUCCGCGAGCGGGAUGCGUACGAGACCCUCUACGCCUCCUCCGGACCGCGAGCACCGAUCGAUCUGACGCAAGACUGGCGACGGGGCUUUCUCAGCGUCUGCCGGGACGUCGAGAUCAGGUUCACCUUCUACCUGACCCGGCAGCAGCUGGCCUACGCAGAGUACCAGAACGGGAUGAUCUGCAGCGCCAUCGGCGAACCGUCUCGCGAAGGUUCCGCGACCGUCUCCUUCUCGUUCUCGGGAGAUUGCUGCCGCUUCUGCCGCGACGCACGGUGGGCGAUGUCGCGACGGUCUCCGACGGCCCCAUCCACCCACGCGUCCUUCAGGUCCGAGCACGCGCACGUCUUCGACGCAUCGAGAGGCGCCACGUGCCGCGUCAGGGACGAUGAACUGAGGGUGGUGCGGGUGACGGAGAGGGGGCUGGUGUGCGGCGAGAGCGGUUGGGGCGCGUUCGAGAAGGCGGCGUGCGGGUACUUCGAGCCCAGAACGGACGUCGUGGAGGGCACCCACGUCGACGCUCCACCGGCACCCCACCCCGCCCUGCAUCCCUUCCGAACCUGGAAGACCGUGUCUCACGACCUGGAAGCGGUGAUGGAGGUCUUCGUCGCCGGGAGCGAGAGGCCAGUGAUCCGUCGAACCAGCGCGGAACCAUACGGCCUGGCGUGUCGCGAAGGGUCCGAGGGGCCCGACGAGUACAAGGUGUACGACUGGGACGGCAUCCUGCGGCUGAUGCUGAAGGUGGACUCGGGGGAUCACGAAGACGCGUGGGAAUACAACGGCGUCUCCUUCUCGCUCGGCUUCCGGGCCCCCGGUCGCCGGCGUCCGGCGAAGUCGGCGAGGCCGUCCGUCGCGGAGACGAUCGAACAAGAGGAAGCCUGGUUCUUGAGGAGCGGCACGACGGCACCCACGCUCGAGUUCCUGAAACGGCUGCUUGCCAUACUCAAAGACGUCACCUCCAUGACCGUGCGUUGUCUGUGCAUGAUGAGACCCAUGCAUGAGGACUGGAUCGCCGUCCGCAUAUCGCCCUUCGAUGACGCCAUCCUGUCCUCCGACAAUGCAUCGUCCGGUGCGACCAUCGUCCUCGCAUACGAAAACUGGCAGCGUUCGGCCCGAACCGUAUCUCUCGUAGCCGAUCACAUCUUUGGUGCGGUGUGCGAAGCGCAGCCUCCGAUCGGGCGUCUCGACAGACUGGACGUGCGCUUCACGAAGUUCGGAGGAGCUACGCUUUCUCAUGCGGACUUCAUCGAUGAUGACGGUGUGCUAGUAGACGGGUGGGACCGACACAGCCUGUUCUUGGAGUUCACGACGAAUGACGGUAAUACGUGUCGGGUCCAUGGGCGCACGUGA